AUUAGCUGAUUCUAAUAAUUAGUUGAUUCUAAUAAUUAGUUGAUUCGGGUAGUUCGGGUAAGACUUUAGACAUUGAAGUGUAGGUGUUGAUUCAGGACAUCAAUUUUUAGGUAUUCGAGGUUAAUUUUAUACUAGGUGGUCCAGGCCCUGACCCUGUCUUAUAUAUAAUGUUAGCAUUAGGCUUGUAUUUACUGGCUCUUCCAUUAGAUGGGUCGACAUUGCCUUGGUGUGGUUGAUAGUCACCUUCUUUUCUUAAUUCUGGUGUUGGUGUUACUUGUUUCUGGCCUUUUUGAAAAGUUGUCUUUUGACUUUUGGCCAUUAUAUUAUUAUAUUAGAAUUUUUUAAUAAUUUUGGCAUGGAUAGGUGUACAUGUACAUACAGUGCAUAUUAUUGGCUAUGAAUAAUGAAAUGAAUAAUGCCAUUGUAUUGUUUCAAUGUAGCAUUAACAGUUAUUGUUCUGAGUCAUUCUAUAUUGAUUAUAAAGGAAUGGUUCCCCUACAGGUGUACUCAAGUUGACUGAACUGCAUGCAAGCUGCUAGGAAGAGUCUGAAGGUCAUCAUGUGGGCAUCAGAUUGUAGUCUGUGAUCAUUAUCAGAUCCAUGAUCUCUCUCACUGAACUAACAGUCACAGGAACAGUAUAUUGCUCACUGGUCAGGUUCUCUCUUCCUUUUAUUGAAGUGAUGCAAGCUACAUGUAGUACUCAUUGCAUGAUGACUGAAGAUGCAAUUGAAAUAUCGAUGAUCACUGACUAUUACACUAGAUACCAAUGUAUGCCAAGGAGAUAUAAGAUCUGCAGGGAUAGCUACAAACAGCCUUUUCUUUCUGAUAGAUGCUUCUGGAACAGUAUGGUGGUAUUUAUUGUGAUAAACUGCUCUGCUUGUAUAUAUCCAAUGGCAGUCUCAAUCAGAGCUCCAAUUUUGGCUUUUUGUGCUGGCAACUCAAUGCUCAUAUUCAAUCUCAAAGAAUUAUUAGUAUUAGAUGUGCCUGGUGCAUGGUACUGUUUUGUGACCUCAUCUGGUAGACUGAAUGAGGAAAGAAUUGUUUUUGGUGCUCCUAAAGUAGGAGCAAGAUUUUGUGCAGAACCUAUAGUAAUUACAUGUACAUGGGAUUCAUACUUAAUUUGUGAUGAUAAUAAGACUACAUCUGCUGUAUCACAUUUACAAUUACUAUUAUAG